AUGUCUCUCUCUGAAUACUUUACUCAAUUGAAGAUACUGUGGGAUCAGCUAGACAAUACAAAGGAGUUGGAUGAGCCUUGUAUUUGUGGUAAGGCGGCUAGAUGGCAGAAAAAAGUAGAGAGAUCAAUGACAGUUAAAUUCUUGGCAGGUUUGAAUGAAUCUUAUGCAAUUGUGAGAAGGCAGAUCAUUGCUAAGAAAGUGCUUCCUUCUCUUGUGGAAGUUUACAACAUUCUUGACCAAGAUGAUAGUCAGAAAAAUUUCUCUCCCACAGUUGCUCAGCCGGCUAAAGGACGUCCUAUCUGUUUGUUUUGCAACAAAGGAUGUCACAUUGUAGAGAGGUGUUACAAGAAACAUGGCUUCCCACCUGGAUACAGAGGCAAGAUUUCUGAUAAGUCACAGAAGCCGCCUAUUGUUGCUGCUCAUGUUUCCAUGGCACCACAACCUACCUCAUCAAAUGACAAUCUAGAGAGUUUGAUUGGACCAUCACACUCUGCGGUUGAUUACACUAUUAUCUCAUUCUCUCCUUCUACCUUUUACUUUGUUGGCAUCCUAGCGGUUUCUCAACAUAGCCUUUCAAGUGGAACAUGGGAUCUUACUAGGGGAUCGACCAUUGGACAAGGUAGAAGGAUUGGAAACCUCUAUGUGCUAGACACAACACCUCCACCUCCAUCAGUCUCAGUCUCAGUGAAUGCAGUGGUGGACAUUAACAUGUGGCACAAGACGCUUGGAAACCCUUUUAUUCACGAGUGGAUUGACUUAAGGGCACCUUUUUCAGUGGAAACUGUUGAUGGAUAUAAGAAUUUUUUGAAAUUAGUGGAUGAUCAUUCACGAGCUACAUGGGUUUAUCUUCUCAAAACUGAGUCAGAACUUGGCUUCAUUAAAGUUCAUGGUGAUCACACUUUAUUUGUCAAAUAUGGUGAGAGUGAGUUUGUGGCAGUCCUUGUCUAUGUUGAUGACAUUGUGAUUGCGAGUACAAUAGAAGCAUCAGCAACUCAAUUGACAAAUGUUCCCAAGAUCUAUUUCAAAAUGUGA